CGUUGCCGGGUGGUUGAGGAGCGGUUGGCACUUCGGCAGAGAAGGAAGUUUCGGGGAUAAAGCGUGUGGAAGAGUGGGGCCGACGGUGCCUGGUGGGACGGCACAACUUUCGCUGCGUUUAAUCGCGCCCGAGCUUCGACUGGCGACGUGGCCCAAGAAAACGAUGGUGUCGUGGAUCAUCUCGAGGACUGUGGUUCUUGUGUUUGGAACCUUGUAUCCUGCUUAUUAUUCGUACAAAGCUGUGAAAACCAAAAAUGUGAAGGAAUAUGUUCGGUGGAUGAUGUACUGGAUUGUUUUUGCCCUUUACACGGUACUUGAAACGUUUGCGGAUCUCACUAUUGCAUGGUUUCCGCUGUACUAUGAACUUAAAGUCGCAUUUGUUAUCUGGUUGCUGUCUCCAUACACUCGAGGUGCAGGUGUACUUUACAGAAAGUUUCUACAUCCUCUUCUGUCCUCCCGUGAGCACGAGAUUGAUGACUAUAUUAGCCAAGCCAAAGAUCGAAGCUAUGAUACCAUGGUGAGAUUUGGAAAACAAGGUUUAAACUUCGCUGCAACUGCUGCUGUAUCUGCUGCAGUAAAGAGUCAAGGUGCAAUCACUGAGAAGCUACGGAGUUUAAGUAUGCAUGACUUAACAACCAUACAAGGUGAUGAGCCAGUAGGACAUCGCUCCUUAACUGGUGAUGCAGAUACCAGAAAGAAGAUGAAACAGUUGCCUAAAGAGGACUUUGCCAGGCAUUUUGAUUACGACGAUGUGGAUAGUGAGGAUCGAUCAGAGGUUGACCAAAACAGUGCUCAUUCUGAUGAUGAGGUGGUCACACAAAAGCACCUUCAACGAUCACAGAGCCUUAAAGUGAAACGGAAAGGCCACCGUAAAGAGGUUCGGUAUGGAUCCCUGAAAUUGAGAUCUAAGAAGCGGCCUCAGUGUAGUUAUAUUCCAGGAUAAAAUGCUUUGGAUAUUCUUUUUGAUCUUAACUUGGCAAUAUACAGUAUCACUUGUCAAUAUUUUUCUAAUUUUCAGAAAGCUGAGAUUUUGCUGUUUCCGAUGUAUAUGACUUUGUUGUUUGACUCAUCCUGCUGAGUUGGCCCAGUGACAGAGGACUGCAUUUAUUGUUGCAGUCCCAUGAUGAUUGGGCUUGAAACUGAAAUCCAAUAUUGACUGGGAAUUUUAAAUCAUUGACUGGAGGAGUAAUCGUCUACAGACAUAUUCUUACAAACCAGAAGAAGGGUUAAGAAAUAGUCUUGAGGAGAAGAUUUGAUGAACUUGAAUUCUGAAUUACGGAGAAGCUCAUGGAAACACUGAAUUUGAGCUGUGAUUUUUAAAGAAACAAGUAUUAAUUUUUCACAGAAUAAUGCACUUUCUUGCACUCAACACUAAGGACCACAUUUCAGUCAUGAUUUUGUAACUCUGGGCUUGUAUGUAAAACCAUCUAUAAGUGUCUUUCAGGUAGAAUUCUUCAGACAAAAUACUUAGAUUUUAAACAUUAAUUGCAUGUUUUUAUAAAUUUUGUAUAGGUUUAAUGGGUGCCUUUAUUUUAUAUCUGUCGGUGUAAGCUGAGUGAUUUUUUCCCCCAACUUUUUACCUUUUUAAAUGUGGAAUAUACCAAGCACGAUUCAGUAGCAAGUACUUGGUUUAAUUGACUUGUGAAUUCAAGAUGUUUGUGUUCUUGGAUUCAAAUAUUCAGGUAAAUGUUGGUGUGUGACUUUACCUGGUUGUCAGAUUUUAACAACAGACAUUCUUAACUGUAGUUUGAAUAUGUAGAUCGCAGCAGAGCUGCAAAAGUGUACAGGUUGGUGCAGGACUUUAAACUUUUAUUGUAAUAAAUUUUUUCUGACUGUUACAUUUAAAACAUUUUAAAUGGUCUAAAUUCAGACAAUAUCUACCCGGUGGUUGGGAAUGCAAUGUAAAGCAGUAUUCAUUGUUAUGAAUUUUGUGUGUACAUACAGUGAAAUGCAUCAUUUGCAUUAACAAUCAACACACCCAAGGAUUGAUCUUAUAGAGUUCUCAUGAAGCAUCUUUAACUUGAAGUAUUUACUCUUUCUCUUUCCAAAGAUGCUAUGUGAUCUGAGUAUUUCUGACAAUUUCCAGCAUGUACAUUAAAAAAAAUCUGUUGUUGCACAUCCGUAUAUAGUUUGAAAAGUCUAGAUAGAGUGGAUGUUUCCAAUAGUGGGAGAGUGUUGGACCAGAGGGCGCAGCCUCAGAAUAGAAGGACGUCCCUUUAGACGAGAGGAGGAAUAUCUUUAGCCUGAAGGUGGUGAAUGUCUGGAAUUCAUUGCCACUGAUGGCUGUGGAGGUAACGUCAUUGAGUAGAUUUAAAAUGGAGGUUGAUAGGUUCCUUGUUAGUCAGGGCAUGAAAAGUUACAGAGAGAAGGCAGAAUGGGAUUGAGAGGAAAAUGGAUCAGCCAUGAUGGAAUGGCAGAGUAGGCUCAAUGUGCUGAAUGGCCUAAUUCUACUCGUGUUUUAUGGUCCAAUGCAGAAGCAUUCUACUUGCUAUUAAUGUCAUCUGGCUGGCCUAUAGGAUGCUGAUGCUAUUUUUAAAGGAUAUUCCCUUCCCUCUCCCACCCCAACAGAACAUUUCUUGUUCUUGUUACUGUCAUAUCUCCACAGAUGACACACUUAAUCAAGCUCACUUGCUCCCAUUUCAUAACCAAUGAAUGGGGUUCAGCGAAACUAUCUUAAUGGCAAAGUAUCCUAGUUGCUUUUGUUUCCUUUUCCUUGAUGCAACUGGUGAAACAGCAAAAGCAAACUAGAGUAAAACUCCAAUAAUCCACUGACUUUGUUUUGAAAUACUGAUUGUUCUGCAUUAUACUAGAAAUUUGAGAGUGUCGGGGGCAGAACUGAGUAUAGUUGCUAUGUGCUGAAAAGUAUGUGCUUGGGAAGCUGAAAGGUCUGAGGAUAGACCUGGACUAGAUGGAUUAUACCCCAGGGUUCUGAAAGGGGUAGCUGAAGAGAUUGUGAAGAAUUUAGGAGUGAUCUUUCAAGAGUCACUAGAUUUUGGAUUUUUUGAACACUGGAAAAUUGCAAAUGUCAUUACACUCUUCAAGAAGGGAGGGAGGCAGAAGAAAGGAAGUUGUAGGCAGUUUGUCCGACCCCAGUGGUUGGGAAGGUGUUGGAGUCUAUUGUUACGGACGUGGUUUAGGGUACUUUGAGAUGCUUGAUAACAUAGGCCAAAGCCAGCAUGGUUUCCUCAAAGGGAAAUCUUGCGUGACAAAUAUGUUGGAAUUAUUUGAGGAAACCACAGACAGGAUAGACAAAGGAGAAUCAGUGGAUUCAGAAGGCCUUUGACAAGGUACCACACAUUGAAGUUGUUUAACAAGCUGAGAGACCCUGGUAUUACAGGAAAGAUACAAGCAUGGUUAGAGCAUUGGCUGAUUGGAAAAGAGUGGAAAUAAAGGGAGCCUUUUCUGGCUGGCUGCUGGUGACUAGUGGUUCUCAACAGAGGUCUGUGUUGAGACCAGUUCUUUUCAUAUUUAUAUAUCAAUGAUUUGGAUGACAGGAUUGAUGGCUUUGUGGACAAGUUUGUGGAUGAUACGAAGACAAGUGGAGGGGCAGGUACUGUUGAGGAAGCAGGGAGUCUUCAGAAGGACUUAAGGCACAGUUGGAGAAUGGGCAAAGUGGCAGAUGGAAUAGAAUGUAGGAAAGUACAUGGUCAUGCACCUUGGUAGAAGGAAUAAAGGCGUAGACUAUGUUCUAAGUAUGGAGAAAAUUCCAAUGUAUGAAGUGCAAAGGGACUUGGGAGUUCUUUUGCAGGAUUUCUUAAAAGUUAACUUGCAGGUUGAGAUGGUGGUGAGGAAGGCAAAUGCAACGUUAGCAUUCAUUUCGAGAGGUUGAGAAUAUAAACACAAGGAUAUAAUGCUGAGGUUUUAUAAGGCAUUGGUUAGACUGCAGAGUAUUGUAAGCAGUUUUGACCCCCUUAUCUAAGAGAAGGUGUCCUAGCAUUGGAGAGGUUUCAGAGGAGGCUCACGAGAGUAAUUCGGGAAUGAAAGGAGUAAUGUAUGAGGAGCUUUUGGAGGCUCUGGGCCUGUAUUUGUUGGAAAAUGAGGGGGUGUUAGUGAAACCCAUUGAAAGGCCUAGAUAGUAUAUAUGAAAGGAUAUUUCCGAUAUUGAAGGAGUUUAGGACCAGAGGGCACAACCUCAGAAUAGAGGGACAUCCAUGCAGAAUCGAGAUGAGUUUCUUGAGCCUGAGGGUGGUGAAAUCUGUGGAAUUCCUUGUGGAGGCCAAGUCAUUGGCUAUAGUUAAAUGGAGGUUGAUAGGUUAGCAAUUUAAUAUAGGUGUCAAAUGUUAUGCAGAAGACAGGAGAAUGGGGUUAAAGGAGAUACUAAAUCAGCCAUGAUGGAAUGGCAGAGCAGAUUCAAUAAGCUGAAUGGCCUCAUUUUGCUCCUCUAUUAUGGUUCACAAAGUGAUGUUCUCUGCACUUCCUCACCAGAUGACUGGUUCCUGUAUAGCUCAGAAACUAACUAGACUCACUAGAGAGAUUUAUUAUAGGUUAAAAAAUAAUAUGUGGGGCUAUACGUAGAAUAUAAUCAAGUGGACUGGAAAGUAUGAGGUUGUCAUUCUUUUACUCUAUAACCAAAAUGAAGUUGUCAUUGACGUAGGAUGUCUUUUCAAUGUACCAGAGCUAGAAUCUGAUCUCCUGCCCAUCCACUUCCCUGAUUAGAGUGGGUGUUAUAAUUCAAUAUCUACUGAGAUUCUUUGGCUGAUUUGUUUUUGUUUUGGGAAAACUUGAUCUCCAAUUGGAGACAUCCUGAAAAUAUAUAUUACUUGUCUAUGAAAUGUGGGCUUAGCUUUGAUACCAGCCUUAAAUAGAAGCAGUUGUAGGCCAAGCACAUUAGUGAAUCUGUGGUGACAUUGGCCAGACUAAGUAUGAAUGGAAAACUUUCUGAAAUCAAAUGGGUCGCUGAGAUUGGCCUUUUUAUCUUCUCCAUAUCUGCUAGAUAGUGAGCUAGGGCUUUUCCCUUUGGAGCAAAGGAGGAUAAGAGGUGACUUGAUAGAGGUCUACAUGAGGUUAAGAGGCAUAGAUCUAGUCAAUUGCCAGAGACAUUUUCCCAGGGAAGAAAUGGCUAAUACCAGGAGGCAUAAUUUUAAGGUGGUUGAAGCAAAGUUUAGAGGGGAUGUCAGAGUAAGUGUUUUACACGGUGCUGAAUGCAUGGAACAUCCUAUCAUGGAGGGUGGUAGAGGCAGAUAGUAUAGGGAUAUUUAAGGGACUUGCCUGGAUAAAAGUAAAAUGUGGGUUAGAUUCUUCUUAGAGAAGGUUGAAAGGCUGGCACAAUAUCGUAGGGUGAAGGGUCUGCAUUGUCCUGUAGUAUUACAUGUUCCUCAUAUACUUAUUGACUAAAUUCAGCAGCCAUGUUAACAUUCACAUUGGUGAUUAGUGGCCAAAGGUUCUUGUUGCUGGUUUGGUAAUUAACCACUACACUGCUGUAAGCCUUUGCCUUAGGAAAUAAAAGAUAUGAAAAUCAGCAAGAAACCUGGUUUCUGAACAUUUUUCAACAUAUGACGAUGUUAAAUCUUUACGGUUUUUGAGAUGGCUGAGGGUACCACUCGCUGUAUCAUGGCCUGCACAUUGCAAUUUACCUGAAUGCUUUCUAACACACAAGUUAAUAAGUAAGGCCAUGUAAUAGAACUUGUGCCACUGCCAUCCCACUGUGUUUUUGGAUCUUCCUUUAGCUCGAGGAACACAAGAUCUCAACAGCAAUCAACAUAAGAUGCCUGAUGAUACAAACCCUGGGAGAUUCCACACUCCCAGUGGUGUGCUGGUUGGGUCAGUGAUUGGUAAGCAACCUUUCCACCUGAAAAGCUUAUGUGUUGGUAGUUGCGACAUUAGUUGCCAGUCAGCAGGUGAGACAACUUGGGUCUAUUGUUCAGAACACUUGGAUUUAUCAGAGGUGGUUCCUUGCUCACCAGCUGGUUUUCUCCACAUUGUCAACCACUGGGACAGCUGGCAGUGCAUGUUUUUCUUUAUCUCUGUUGGCUUUCUCCUGCUAGUAAUUAGUACACUUUAGCAAUGGAGAAUAUGCACAAAGUCAAUACUGAGAUUUGGACUCUUUCACUCUGGGAAGUUCUACAAAAGAAUACAGGAGCAACAGCAAAUAGCAAUAUUGCUCCUUGAGUUUGCCAAGAUUACAGAAGAUUGUGGUAGGACUCUUCUUUCUCCUGAUCCAUGCACCCCACUAAUACCUGGUUAUGUCACUUUAUGUUUGUAUAUAGGCAUAAAAUAGUUGGUAGACUCUUCCCUGAAACUCCUCACCAUGAAUCUCUUGUUUUGGGUGGGCAAGAUGUCAAAGCCACAUACUAUUUUGCCCUUCUGUUUUUGUUGGGCUUGGCUAAUUAUGCUGUCAAUCGAAACUACUCUUCUGUGGUUCUGCCCUCUAGUAGACAU